CGUCUUUCCCUUGCUUUUUUACUGGCAGUACCGAUAGAAACACAGUAUAUAUAUGGGAAGAGCAUGUGCUUCAUAAACCUCUAAACCAAACUGAAAGUUGGACUUCCACAGAUCUCUUUGACCAAAUCCAGGGACGAUCCUGGCAGCAGCAGCAGCAGCUUUACCAGCACAGAGAGCACACAGUCAGGUGGAGCCACAGCCUCUCAGGCUGUCAAGGGAGAGUGAUGGGGGACAAUGACAGUGGUUCUGUGGGCAGACAUUCACAUCAAUUCAAAGUGAAGUUCAGUCCCAAGGACCGUAAAGAAUACACCAUUGACUGUGAUCAACCUCGCACUGUGCUGGAGGUGAUAAAAUCCGAUAAAAAAUAUAAGGAGAAGAUUACGUAUGCUGCUGAUGAUGAAAAUAUUGUAAUUCAGCUGGGUUCAGCUGAUAAGAAACAGAUCAUUGCAACACAUUUCCCUUGUUCUUGUAUCAGGGAAGGUGAGUCUCUGGUCAUAUUUUGUAAAACAAAAAAGAUAGAAGAGGCCCGAGACCAACAUGACAAAGAAAUAAAACCAAGAGACAAAUAUUCUGUCAUCUACAUUGAUAAAGAGGGAGGGGUACACACCAAAACAAAAGAGCUUUUUAGAAGCAAUGCUGUCAAACAGUUCAAGUAUCUCUGUGUUUAUGGAGAGAAGGGGACGACUGUGGAAGAAGCUCUGAAAAGAGACGGUCGCUUCAUUGACGACCUCGGCAAAUUCAAGUUGUCUGACAAUGAGAAUCCAAAUGUCCUCACUGAAUGUACACAAAAGGUUGACAACCUAGAUCAGAAAGCAUUCAAGAUAUGUCUUCUUCGGAAAAAGAGAGGACAACGCAGGCAUGAAUCAGUCUCAGAUGUACCAGAGCCGAGUGCAGUCAGUGUAAAAACAGCACUGGAGAAGUCAGGCAGCAGCAACACAAAGAAGAUUUAUGAGCUACUGCGUCAGCAGUUUCCAGAUCUGAAAAAAUGGAUGGAAGAAAGAUUCACUGGUGAUUCUUAUCAGGAAGAACUGAAGCUGAGGAAGGAAAAUUUUGGGAAGAUCCAACAGUCUUUCAGUGAAGUUCACAGAGUCAGGAAGCUGCUGAAACUGGGCGAGUCUGUUUGUAAGAUUGUUGUUAAGGAUGUUUGUGAGGGAACAGGCUUUGUGCUGUUUGAUAACUUCAUCCUGACCAAUGCUCAUUUAUUUAAAGGUCAUGUUGACGAAACAAAGUUUCAGGUGGAUACAGAUGUGUUGGCUCUGUUUGACUAUGAAGAGCCUGAGCCUGACAUAAAUUACUAUUAUUUCACUUGUAAGAAAACAUUGAUUGACCUUGAUGUUGAGUUAGAUUAUGCUGUAAUUGAGCUCAACCCUGAGGGCCAGAGACCCAACAAAAAAACAACAAAGAAAAUUAAGGUACCACCAGGGCUGCUGGAGAAAUUUGGUCCAAUGCCUCAGGAUAGUGAGGCCUGUAUUAUUGGUCACCCAGCAGGUGGAGUGAAGAAAAUUGAUCCUAUAUGUAUCAUUGAGAAGAGGGACCAAGCUGUUAGAGAUCAGUUCAUUGUCCACUCAGUCUUUAACAGGACUGAAGAACAAGGCAUUGAAAACAUAAUGAUGGGUGGAAAUAAAGCAGACUAUGUAGUGACCGAGGACACUUUCAUGUACCACGGCUCCUCUGGCUCCCCAGUGUUUGACGCUGAUGGCAGAGUUUUUGGUUUGCACAGCGCAGGAUAUACUUACGGGUUUCCACAACAUACAAAGAGUGUAAUAGAGUUCGUCCAUUCUUUGCUCACUAUAUUUAACAAGUUUGUGAGUAAUCUCAAGGAAAAGGGAGAUGAGAAACUGUUAGAGAAAGUUGAGGAGAAAGCAAAGAAAAACACACACCUGAAAACAAUAGUUGGGGCUGAGCAAGCAGAUUCUGAUUCUGAUCCUGAGUCGAUGGACAGCAGUUAGGUAUUUGAAUCAUCCUCUGCCUAAACACAUCUGCAUGUAUUGUUAUUUUCUAGUUUGUGAAAUCAUUUUGCUCCCAGCUCUAUAAAACUGUGACUCUUGUUUUGUAGGGAGAGGACAGUAAACUAGAUGCUAAUGUAUGUUUGUUUUUGUUUAACUAUUCAAUAUAAAUGAUUUUGUUUCCUUUAUAACACUGAGCUUGGAUCCCAGGAAGCUGUCUGUUGUGCUGUAUUCACAACCAUCUACUGUUAACUUGUUGGUGAAAGCUUCAGUGUCAUUGUCAGAGGUGUUUCAGGCUUUGUUAGCUGUUAACUUUCAGUCUCCUGUUGUGUUAUCUCUACAUCAGAAUCAGGUUUAUAGACAAAUUUGUUCUCAUAUGAGGAAUUUGCUUCUAGUGUUUUAUGCUUUUGUUGAUUAUAUUAACCUUUUAAAACCUACAUAGACUGUCUGGGUUUAGUUUUAUUUAGGUAUUUUGUUCAGUCAGUAUCAG